AGUUAUUGAUUAAGAUUCCCCCUCUAGCAGCUACAUACAGUGGAGUGUGUGCUGUGCUCUACUGUUGCCUGUUUCUGCAACAUAGUAACAACUGAGCAGCCUCGUUUUACUUUUUUCUUAAUACGGAGAGGUCCUUCAAACUACUGGAGCUUCGCGUCUUCUUUGUUAGCUAGACAGCCCCUAGUUGCGCCCAGAAAGGGAGGGUGCCCUGAUUCACUCUCUUCCCAAUCCCUCUUCUUCUCUCUCUCUCUCGUACACACAAGCCUGUGUGGGAGGAAAAGUGGCGUGCUCUGUUUUGUCUGGACAAGAGCUACAGCUACUUAGUCUCUCAAACUGCCUGUUCCUUUCACUCUCUUAUACUAGAGCAUUAUUAACAAGUGAUGGCUGCUGCAGGGAGAGCUGGUGGUCGCUCCACUAGUCUAACAGUCGCUGUUGUUGGUGUGACUAGUUCCUCGUUUCUCGGUGAGACUGAUCAAGGGGAAGGAGCUGGAAAGUCAUGUCUUUGCAAUCGUUUCAUUUGGCCUCACUCCGAUCAGUAUUACGAUAAUCAUCCCUACAUUGUCAAUCACAGUGAGUAUGGCAACAGCAUCAUUAAUAGUACCCAUUUCCUUUACUGGGGGGAGAAGCUGACCACCCUUGAGGAUGCAUCAGAAGUUAGCUUUAAAGUCAUAGAGCAUACAGAAUUCGUCGAAGACAUGUCCUUAAAGCCUUUUCCUUCUCAGAAGGCCUACCACAAAAGGAUAGCUGUUACUAAACUCCAGUCAAGUGGAAAGUUACAAUAUGUAGCUCCUAACCAGUUAACAUUACCCGAAGAGUACACCAGUGUCUCAAGGUUUCCUGAUAGAAAUGUACAAGUUGAUGCUUUCAUACUUUGCAUUGACUCAUCUGCUCCCUUUGAUCCAAAGGACAUACGCUAUAAAAUAGCCGAGAAACUCAUCACUAGCAUACAUUCUACAAAGAAGCCACUUGUAGUUGCUCUUACAAAAUGCGAUGCCUCCACUCAGGCCGACAUCCACUCCAUAACAGAGUCUCUCUCGAAGCUAAAGAAGGUUCCUCAAGUCGUCGAGGUCUCUUCCCACGAAGGCGUAAACGUUGACCUUUGCUUCCACUCUCUUGUUCACCUCAUAGACUCUCGUAAGCCAAAGACACGUCUCCUCUCAUUUGAAGAGUCCUACUCCCAAGUGAAGCAAAGGACCAAACAAAGCGAGACUGAUUUCAAGGAAAUGCUCUUGUCAAAGCUAACCGACUUUACUACCCCUCACCGCCAAGCUUACGAGAUUGCUAAGGCUGAACCAGAGUAUCAUCCUGUGGCCCGUUUCAAAGGCGAGUCACGCUGUAAGAGGCUCAUUGAUUUAAGACUAACGGAACUACUGGAGAAACAGAUAGACAAGCAGUCAGAGAUAUUCCUAGAGAUGCUUCCACAAGCUUUUAGUGUGUUGCUUCCUUCUGUGUCUCUCACUGACACGUAUGAGAUGUGUGUGGAGCUAAUCAAGCAGCACUCUGAGUACCUGGAGUAUUUUAUAGAGGUCAAGGGAGAUUGGAGAGAAGACAAUGAAUUCUUGUUCUCCUUUCCAACUAAAAUACCCACCAGCAUUAUAGAGAAAGAAGGUAAAGAGUGUCUGGAAGGAUACAUCAGUAGACUCCAGUUGGAGGAGAAGAAGACUCUGGCACAGAUAAAGAUUAAAGAAGCACUUGAAUCAUGCGAAGACCUUCAGCCAGGUUUAAAGGCAAUGGUUGCAAUGGAUAAGCUAGGUCUGAGAGAGUCAGCCGAGCUCCUUUCUGCCGACCUAUUACAAAACAUAUACCACGAGAGAAUGACAGUUGUAGAGCAACAGUGUUCUGUAGAUAUACAUGAGCUCCUACUGGAGAGACUCGACCUCUUUCAUGACUAUACACCAGGAGCUAAGGAACUGAUUGAUAAACUACAAGAUGAGCCUAGAAUGAAGAAGAUGGAGAGUGCCCCUGUUAAAAGAGAUGGUAUCAUUAUAAAGCACAUCAGUAAUCUUGAAGUACUGCGUCACGGUCCCUACUACACUCCUGACAUUGUGUCUAGUUUAGCUAGUGCCUCAUCAAGUAUUGAUUCUUAUAAGUCUAAUCGUGACAAUAACUGGUGGUUAGAUGAAAGAGAAGAUGGCGAACCAUUCGGCUUGGCAAUCAUUGCAAUGGCAUCAGAUGAAGCAAUCACUCUAAGAAGUGACAUAAUGAAUUCUUGCGGUGGCUCUGAUUUGUAUGAAGCAGAACGCAAGUCGUACAAACUGGAUAUGAUGUGCUUUAGUGGGGCACUCAACUCAUUUUCAACCGGCGAAUUCAUUCCUCAAGGUGCUGUUUUUGUUGUAACGUCCAUUGAGAGUUUGGACUGGCUCAAGACAUUGUGUUCUACCCAUUUAGUUUCCUCCUCGUCCUCUCUAGCCAAAUAUCGUAGUCUACCCUGUGUAAUACUAGUAGUUGAUGUUGAGUCCUUUGAUGGAAAUAGUAGCAGUGACCUCUACAAUCAAGCUAAGAGUCUAGCCAACUCACUUCAGUGUGUUAUAGUUGUUACAAGACCCUCUUCACUCCCAGGGAGACUGAUAACUCAAGAGCCGACAGACCAUCUCCUUUCCUCUCUCUUUGACUCUGUCUCGCUCACCACUCGAUUCAUCAAGGAAGGGCCUAAGCUUGAGGAAGAUGGACUCAAUUUUUGUCUGUUCUCCCUCCCAGGUGAUCCUAUUGAUAUCCCUGGUCUCACUGAUAGUCUCUAUACUCAGCAGCAGCUCUCACAUUAUGAUAGCUCAAAGAAGUUGCUGUACAUGAAGAUUGCACUAGAGAAGCAACACAGGAUAGCCACCAUGUCACUAAGCUCCACCAUCAAUUCAAAAGACUUUCGUUCCCAUCCUCUUCUUGGUUUUAUUAUUCUUUAUUCAGCUCAGAGGAAAGCCUCAUUAGCUGCAGUGAAGUGGCUUCUCCCUAGGCUAUCUGAUAUUCCUAUUUUACUCAUUGCCAUGACAACAGACGAGCAAGCCCCAUUAGUCGAGGAAGGUGAAAAGUUGUCAAAAGACUCGAAGAAAAUGAAAUUUGUUGUCUGUCAGAAUAUACUGGAGAUUGGUUAUAUCUCAGAGUUUGUCUCAAACUGUUUCUUCAGUCGAUUUACAACAUGGAAGAGCCAAUCACUUCCUGAUGAGGUGGUUCAAAGGUUGUGCAAGCGUAAAGGCCGCCAGCUACCACAGGCUCAGCCAAUCAACAGGUCAUCCCACAGCUCCUCAACACUACCACACAACUUAUCCAGACACUCCAUUGCUGUCACUGGAGAUGAGAUAAGAACAUUUGAUCGUCAGUCCUUUAAAUCCCCAGCAAGAGCUCCUUUAAAUAAUCAUUUAUCUCGGAAUUUUUCCAUGGAAGAAGAAGAAGACCCAAUGUAUACCUCACCUGCCGACAUUAAGAUGCCCUUCAGCCCUUCUCAUGCAGCAGGACUGCCCUCUUCUACCUCCAGAUCUCAUCAUCUUUCGACAGUUUUCACCACUCCAGAGAGAAAGAUCUCUAAUCCAGAGGCUCCGUUAUCACGUACUGCUCCUAUGGCCCAGUUCAAUAGCUUACCUAGGAACCCACACCAUCAGUUACCAGAUUAUGUCGUUGUCCCUGACAGUGAGGCUCUCAAUAAGUUGGACACUCUCAAGAGACAGUUUAAAGGUACGAGUGGAAGAGAGUCACCGCUUGGAGGGAAAGGGUUAAAGGAAGGGAGCAGUGACUCGCUCGUCGAUGAGUGUCUCUACGCUGAUCCUCGUGAGACUAGCCCCGCCCAUAGCCCCGCCCCCUCACCAGCUAAGAAACACUCUCAAUCGUCUCUUGCUUCUUCCUUCACUCAAGCUCCCCCUCCUCCGAUACCCCCCAGGGAGAAACUCUACGAUCACUUGACCCCACGAAGCAAGAGAAGGCUUCAAGAGAAAGGUAUCGAUAUAUCCGAAGCUCAUUUAUUAGCAGGGCCUGAGUCUCUUUAUUCGUUUGCUGAGGGUCCACCAAUCGAAGGAAGAACAUCUCCUGUUCUUGACGUGGGCACUCCUCAACUGGGUAUGUACGACAUGGUAGGAGAGAGUGGGGCUUCUUUGUACUCACUCGCAGGUGAAGCUGAAGUUAGUGACAUUAAUUCCUAUCCUCGUGGCGGAGCCAGCCUAACCCCUCCUACUCAAGCUGUCUACUCUUAUACCACAGUGAGUGGGCGGGAGGAGACUCCAGAGGUUUUAUACGCUGAGCCUACCAUACCUCGUAACUGGAGUCCCAGCCCGUCUCCGGAAAGACUCCCCCCUCCUGCUCGCCCCCCAAAACCACUCAAAUCGGCCAAAGUUUUAAAUACUAAAAUGGGUUCAAAGCCAAGCAGAGCUGGCACCGUGAAGGAGAGGUCUCCUCCGAUGCAGCAGCCGUCACCUGCUGGACCUCGUAGAGGAACCUCCCCUAAUCUAAUACGUCAUGUGGUACCUGAUGAGGAGAAUCCCUCUCUCAUUUAUGCUAUUCCCACCAAACAAACAAAAACAUCACCCAAGAUCUCACGCAGUUUUCACGAGGCCACACCUCCAAGUGGAGAUGACUCCAAUAUUUACGCCAUCCCUCAUAAACUCACAAAAACCUCGCCUAAAGUUUCUCACACUUUUCACGAGGCCACGCCUCCCAGCGGAGAUUACGAAGAGGAGGAUGAAGAUGACGAUGAUGCUCCUCCUCCUUUACCAGAGAGGAACUACAACUGGUCCGACAUUGAAGAUGAUGAUGAAGACAUACUUGGUUCAGAUGACGAGCUCAGUAGUCAAUCAUCUGAUGCUAUGAUCUCCACAGGCUCCACCCCCUCGCCUGUUGGAAUGUAUGCAACUGUUUCUGAAAUGAAGGGAGCUAAAGCUGCCUCUGCUACCCUAAGUCCCCCUCCAACUGUGUAUCGUUGCUCUAAAGAGAUCGAAGAGAUGGAGGCUAUAUACAUGAACUUUAAUCAGUUGAGACAGCUCUCUAAUAAAUAUCCACAGGAAUCCAUUUAUGACUCACUAGAGAAGGUGACUGCAUCAAUCUCAUCCAACCCAUCAAUUGUAACACACCUACCCACAACUACAAUGAAUACAACUCCCAAGAUGCCCACUUUAUCAAAGAAUGCCCUGAAACUUAUGAAAAGUAUGGAGAAAAAGUCACAAAGAGAAGCAGAGAGACGAAGAAGAAAAGAAGCAAAACGUCGCAAGAAAGAAGAAGAGGAAGCAAGGAAGAACCAGAAAGCGCUGAAGAAAGGAAAGAAAGUGAAGGGCAAGGCACAGAGAAAGCGUUAUUUUGAAUCUCCACUGUCAAGCAUUGUAGAAGAAGACGGAGUACCAAAACUAGUUAAAGAAUGCGCUGCAUUCAUUGAGAAAGAAGGACUCACAGCUGAAGGUAUAUACAGGGUGUCUGGAAAGAAAGAAGACAUUAUGGUAUUUCAGGAAAAAUAUGAUCAAGAUCCAAGUAUUCCUAUUGAGAAUGCCAAUUUAUGCGUUAACACAAUCUCUGGCAUCAUGAAGAACUUCUUCAAGUUGCUGCCCGACCCUCUCAUCCCCGAGUCUGUUCUACCUGACCUGCUGGACAUACCAGGUCGGGACCCACAAGUCCAGAAGCAGCGUAUGCAGGAAGUUCUCUCUAAGCUACCGAAGGACAACAUAGCCACUCUAACGGCUCUUGUUAAACACUUGCAUGUCGUCCAGUUGCAUCAUGACGUGAACAAAAUGACUGCCAGUAAUCUAUCGAUAGUUUUCUGGCCUACGCUCAUGAGGCCUCCACUAAUGGACUUGGCUAAUCCAGAAAAACAGCUUGGGUUUCAGCUAUCAAUGUCUAAAUUGAUCGAAAACCCCGAUUUCGUCCCAGAAAUAAAUUGAUGUUUAUCUGCUUAAAUGUCCCUCCUCUUCCUCUAUGAUUCUAUGAUUGAUAUUAUAUAGUGUUAUUAUCAUUGUUAUUAUUCUUGUUGUUAUUAUUAUGCGAUGCACAUUAAUAGCUG